UGAUUGCUACAGGAAUAACAUUUUCUGCUUUGGCUGGUAUAUCAAGUGUUUGUUCUAGGUGCAAAUUGCAGAGCACUAUUGGCGUAAACCUCACAUUUUCUGAUAGUAAACAAGGGAAACAAAUGAAUGUUGAUACGACUACCAGUAGACUCCCUCGAGCCAAGCACAUGUGUUUGUCUCCCUGUAUUAUGUUUAUUUCCAACCUUUCAUGGUUUGCAAAUCGCAUGCUAUCUUCCAUCUUCUCCUCCUGUGCGUUACUCUUCUUGUGCUUUUCUCACCACCUGUUUUGCUCUGCUACUGCUAGAGAUACUCUAACGUCACUCGACGAUCCAAUUAGGGACGACGGAUCAGAAGGUCUUGUUUCAGUUGGAGGAAGAUUCCAACUGGGAUUCUUUACACCAUCUACAGAAGCAGGAAGGUCUGGCAAUGGAAGAUAUGUUGGCAUUUGGUAUCACAAUAUGAGUCCAAGGACAGUUGUUUGGGUUGCCAACAGAGAUACGCCAGUUCCUGCCAAUUCAAGGAGUACUGACGUUUUUGCAAUCCAAGAUGGUAACCUCCAAGUUUUGGAUGAUACUACUGGAAAGUCUUAUUGGUCAACACGCCUUAAAACACCCAAGUCUUUAAAUUUGAUGGUGAGGCUUAUGGAUUCUGGGAAUCUGGUGUUGUUAAGGGAUGGUGAUGAUGAUCCAUUGGCAGCGAAUAAUAUUUUGUGGCAGAGCUUUCGAAAUCCAACUGAUACAUUCAUUCCUGGGAUGGUGAUGGAUCAAAGCUUAGAAUUGCCUUCAUGGAGAGACCAAGACGACCCGAGAAUCGGCGACUUCACGUUCAAACUAGAUCAAGAAGGAGACCAGUUUGUUACCUUAAAAAAUUCGACUCCUUACUGGAGAAGUGGAGAGUCAGGUAAUAAAUUUUCUAGCUCGGCCGGAAUGUUUCCUCCACUAGAUGAUCUAUUAUCAAAUUUCAGCAAGAGUACUGCCAGAUCUAGAAGACGAAAUAACUAUAAUAAUUUAAAAAUUAUUGAUGUGACAAGAUUGGACUACAAUUAUACAAGAAUGCUGAUGAGUUUUACUGGGGAGGUACAGUUUCUGACCUGGAUUAAUCACACAAAGCAAUGGAAUUUGUUAUGGAAGGAGCCAAGAGAUCGAUGCAGAGUGCUUAAUGCUUGUGGGAACUUUGGCAGCUGUAACAUUAAUAAUUGGCCGUUGGUGUGCAAAUGUUUGCCAGGGUUUAAACCUCAGUUUGCAAAGCAAUGGGAAGCCGGAGACUUUUCAAAUGGAUGUGCAAGGGAGUCGACAAUAUGUAGCAAGGACACUUUCUUGAGCUUGAAGAUGAUGAAAGUGGGAAAACCAGACGCACAAAUAACUUCUGAAGAUGAAAUACAAUGCAGGAAAGAGUGCUUAAAUAGCUGCCAGUGCCAGGCUUUCUCAUAUAGUGCAGGUGUAAACAGCACUAGCAGGGAUACUGCUACUCCUACUUCCUUGUGCUGGACAUGGUCAAGCGAUCUAAAUAAUCUUGAGGAAGAAUAUGAUAAUGGCCACAACCUCUCUGCUCGAGUUGCCUUGUCUAGUUUAGAAUCAACCGUAAGAGACUGCAAGCCUUGUGGCACAACCAUCAUUCCUUAUCCCCUGAGCACUGGACCGGAUUGCGGUGACCCCAUGUACUUCCAUUUCAACUGCAGCCCCAUCACAGGCCAGCUUAGCUUCGUGGGACCGAAUGGCACCUCCUUUAGAGUUAUUAGUGUCAACCCAAGUACACAAAGAGUCGUCAUCCAAGCCAAAAAUGUGAAUAAUUGUGACCCUAUAAACAGAGUCAAAAGUCAACAGCUGAACCCUCCAUUUCCUUUCAAUGUGACCAGUUGGUGCUAUGUUCCCCCGGGAAAUUUUAGUUCUCAAAUUUCAUCCGGAGGUACUAAUGCAGUAGAGUUAGGUUGGAAGCCGCCUCUGGCACCAACCUGUAGAACAUCUGCAGACUGCAGGGGUUGGCCACAUUCAACUUGCAGUCCAGCAAGCGAUAGAAAGAAAAGAUGCCUUUGCAAUGCCAAUUAUCAAUGGAGUGGCUUUAACUUAAAUUGUACUCAAGAAGAACAACGAAGAAGGAAAGUGCCAGUGUCUCUGAUACUGAUAGUUGUGGCAGUUGUUACAAGCGGAAUUUUUCUUGCAUGCAUCGUUUGUGUUUAUAUAUGGAGAAGAAAGAUAACCAAGCGACAAGAUAAAAUAAAUCGAGCACAACUUGAUAGUGAAAGGCAAGUCCAAGAGUUGAUAGACACAGGUGAGUUCAAGGAAGAAGAUGAGAAAGGUAUAGAUGUACCCUUUUUCGAUUUGCAAAGCAUACUAGACGCUACAGAUAAUUUCUCAGAUGCAAACAAGCUUGGACAAGGGGGCUAUGGCCCUGUUUAUAAGGGCAAGUUUCUUGGAGAUCAAGAGAUUGCAGUAAAGAGGUUAUCAAGGGCUUCAGGACAAGGCUUACAGGAAUUUAAGAAUGAGGUGGUGCUGAUUGCCAAACUUCAACACCGAAACCUUGUUAGUUUGCCAGAUCAUACAAAAAGCUUGGUUCUUAAUUGGGAGAUGCGCUUUAACAUCAUUUUGGGAAUCGUUCGAGGACUUCUUUAUCUUCAUCAAGAUUCCAGAUUGAGGAUCAUUCACAGAGAUUUGAAAACCAGCAACAUUCUCUUAGAUGAGGAGAUGAACCCCAAAAUAUCUGACUUCGGCUUGGCGAGGAUUGUUGGAGGCAAAGAAACUGAGUCGAACACAAACACAGUAGUUGGAACUUAUGGUUACAUGUCUCCAGAGUAUGCAUUAGAUGGAAUUUUCUCAGUGAAAUCAGAUGUGUAUAGCUUCGGUGUGGUUCUUCUUGAGAUAAUCAGUGGAAAAAAGAACACAGGAUUUUAUCAAUCCAAACAAACUUUCAGCCUCAUAAAUUAUGCAUGGAGACUGUGGACAGAAAACAAGGCCUCGGAACUAAUGGACACGACUUUGGAUGAAAGUUGCAACAAAAGUCAAUUCAUGAAGUGUGUCAAUGUUGGGCUCUUAUGCGUACAAGAAGACCCUGUUGAUCGUCCCACCAUGUCAAAUGUUCUUACCAUGCUUGACAGUGAAAUUGCAAUCUCUCCAACUCCUAAACAACCAGCCUUUCUCCCAAGGAGAGGCAACUCUAGCACAGCUUCUUCUUCUACUAAGCCAGAAACAUUUGCUGAAAUAACUACAACUCUAGAUGAAGAUACUCUAACGUCACUCGACGAUCCAAUUAGGGACGACGGAUAAGAAGGUCUUGUUUCAGCUGGAAGAAGAUUUGAACUGGGAUUCUUUACACCAUCUACAGAAGCAGGAAGGUCUGGCAAUGGAAGAUAUGUUGGUAUAUGGUAUCAUCAACUGAAUCCAAGGACAGUUGUAUGGGUUUUCAACAGAGAUACGCCAGUUCCUGCCAAUUCCACUAUUGAAAUCAAAGAAGGUAACCUCCAUGUGUUGAAUGCAAUUACUCGAGAGUCUUAUUGGUCACCAAAGUUUGGAGUCUCCUCUUCUGCUCUCAAACCGAUGGUGAAGCUCAUGGAUUCUGGGAACCUGGUGUUAAGUGAUGGUGACGAUCCGUUGGCAGUGAAUAAUAUUUUGUGGCAGAGCUUUAAAGAUCCAACUGAUACAUUCAUUCCUGGGAUGAAAAUGGAUAACGACAUGGAAUUGACUUCAUGGAGAGGUAACGACGACCCACGAUUUGGGGACUUCACCUUCAAACUAGAUGUAGCAGGAGACAACCAGAAUCAGUAUGAGAUCACAAAAUUAAAAUCGAUUAUUUACUGGAAAAGUCGAGAACCAGCAAUUGGUACAUCUGUCAUCUCAGAUGAAAUGCAUCCAGCAAGUUAUUUAAAAAAAAUAAACUCCGGCGAAAUUUUGCAAUCUACAAGUCGGAACUCUUCUCAUCAUAAGCAAAUAGCAAUUCUGCCACGGACAGAUUACAAUGAUACAAGAUUGGUGAUAGAUUUUAAGGGGAAUAUACAGUUUUUGUUGUUGAGUAAGAAUAAGUGGACUACGAUAUGGUCAGAGCCAAAAGAUCAAUGCAGUGUGUUUAAUGCUUGUGGGAACUUUGGCAGCUGUAAUAUGAAUAAUGGGCAGUCACAGUGCAAAUGCUUGCCAGGCUUCGAACCCCAGUCUCCAGAUAAAUGGAAUUUUGGGGACUUUUCGGAUGGAUGCAGAAGAAAGUUCCCAUUAUGUAGCAAGAAGGAAACAUUCUUCACUUUAAAGAUGAUGAAAGUGGGAAACCCAUACAUACAAAAUGAUGUUAGCAAUGAAACAGAAUGCAAGAACACCUGCCUCCUCAACAACUGCCAGUGUAAUGCUUACUCAUAUGCUGAAGCUGGUAAAACAAGUGGAGGGAAUGCUUCUACUUCUAAGUGCUGGAUAUGGGACUCGCAGAAUCUAGAUAGUCUUCAAGAAGAGUAUGCUGACGGCCGAGAGCUCUCUGUUCGCGUUGCCUUGGCUGAUUUAGUUGAAGAGCCAUCUAAACCGCCACUAGAAGAGCAUUCAAGAAGACAAAUACCAUUGUCUCUUAUAGUUGUUGCAGUGCUUGUUAGCAUCAUUUUUGUGGCAUGCAUCAUUUCCAUUUAUAUAUGGAGAAGAAAGAUGACCAGUAAACGAGAUCAAAUAAGUCGAGGACAGUUUGAUAACGAAAGACAACUCAAAGAGUUGAUAGAGACAAGUGAGUUCAAGGAAGAAGAAGGCAUAGAUGUCCCCCUUUUCGAUUUGCAAAGCAUACUAGAUGCUACGGAUAAUUUCUCAGAUGCAAACAAGCUUGGACAAGGGGGCUAUGGGCCUGUUUAUAAGGGCAAGUUGCUUGGAGGUCAAGAAAUUGCAGUAAAGAGGCUAUCAAGGGUUUCAGGACAGGGCUUACAGGAAUUUAAGAAUGAGGUGGUGCUGAUUGCCAAACUUCAACAUCGAAACCUUGUUAGACUUAAGGGAUAUUGCAUGAAAGGAGAAGAAAAGAUUUUACUCUAUGAGUACAUGCCCAACAAAAGCUUAGACUCCUUUAUAUUUGAUCGUACUCAAAAAAUGUUUCUCAAUUGGGAGAUGCGCUUUAACAUCAUUCUGGGAAUCGCUCGAGGACUUCUUUAUCUUCAUCAAGAUUCCAGAUUGAGGAUCAUUCACAGAGAUUUGAAAACUAGCAAUAUUCUCUUAGACGAGGAGAUGAAUCCCAAAAUAUCUGACUUCGGCUUGGCAAGGAUUGUUGGAGGCAAAGAAACUGAGUCAAGUACAAACACAGUAGUUGGAACUUAUGGUUACAUGUCUCCGGAGUAUGCAUUAGAUGGAACUUUCUCAGUGAAAUCAGAUGUGUUUAGCUUUGGUGUGGUUGUUCUUGAGAUAAUCAGCGGAAAAAAGAACACAGGAUUGUACCAAUCCAAAGAAACUUUCAGCCUCAUAAAUCAUGCAUGGAGAUUAUGGACAGAGAACAAGGUGUUGGAUUUAAUGGACAAUAAUUUGGAUGAAAGUUGCAACAAAAGUCAAUUCAUCAAGUGUGUAAAUGUUGGGCUCUUAUGUGUACAAGAAGACCCUGUUGACCGUCCCGCCAUGUCAAAUGUUCUUACCAUGCUUGACAGUGAAAUUGCAAUCCCUCCAACUCCCAAGCAACCACCUUUUGUCAUGAGGAGAGGCAACAGCUCUAGCACAGCUUCUUCUUCUACUAAGCCAGAAACAUUUUCUGAGAUAACUACGACACUAGUAGAAGGUAGAUAAUUAAAGCAUGGUAA